AUGGCGAGCGUGUUUGACAAUCACCUGAGCACCACGGUGAAGCUGAUCGCGCUGCUUCAAUCUUCGCCACCGCAGGACACCGUCCUUGACCUGUGGCUUCGCGAGGGGGCCUACAAGCGUAGCCCGUACGAGACGGUCCACUUGUCCGAUGGCCUCAGGCUGGGUUUGUUGUUCAAACAUGGCGGCGUGUACGUCGACUUCGACGACAUCUUCCUUAGGAGCCUGGAAGGCAUAGACGACGCUGUAGUGGCCUGUUCCGCUGACGAUACGGUCACUAACAACUUCUUCGCCUUUCCUGCGCGCCACUCGUUCAUCCGGGAGUGCCUCGAAGACUUCGUCUGGGGUUACUAUCCAAAGGAUUGGGGUUACAACGGACCCAGGGUUGUGCGCAGAGUCCUGCUCCGGUGGUGCAACGCAACCAGGGUAGAGCAAGUGCUGGACAACAGGCGGCGCUGCCGCGGCGUGACUCUGCUGCCACGCGAACGCCUUCUGCCGCUGAACCACACGACGGCGCAGCUGCUCUUCGACGCUGAAGCCGUUCUGAACGUCAGCGAGUCGUUCGGCCAGAGCUAUUUGGUGCACACGUUCCACAGUCGCACCCGCGACAUCCAGGCCGAGCAAGGCUCGUUCGUGGAACGAGCGGCCGCUGAAAACUGCCCGCGCACCUUCGAGCUAGCGAACAGACUGCACGGUCACUUUUGA